AGUUCACUUCCUCCUUAAAAAAUCAAGCAAGACGUCAAAAAGAAAAUUAUUCGUUUGGCACCGUGUCAAUAUCUCGGAUUUCAUAUCAGAAAUGUUUCGCAUUCAAAAACUGCUUCUGUGCGAAUAUAAGGAUUUUGAGGAAACUGUCCUCAUUGAGAGCCCUUUUGCCCAAGUAACGGAAUUUGGAAUUGGUAUAAAGCAAGUGCAGAUAGCAUUGACGUCAACGAAACUCAUAAUUGGAAAUGACACUUUCGAUAAAUCAAAGACAAAUGACCUGACAAACGUGUUAUUCGACAAUCAGGACCCGGAAGUCGAGACCAUGGAGCUAAACAGUAUGUUUCCCUUAGAGUUCCUCUACAUUAAGGUGUUUAGAAGAGGAACACGCCAAAUUAUGAAAGUUUCGGUGGGAACUGCGAAAAUAUUGUGGUUUGAAUUUGGAGGGCAUCUUUUAAAAAACAUGUACUGGAAUAUCUGGCGUGAACGUAUAUCAGCCCUUCGGGCACAACAACCUCGCUUCCAGCCUUUCGAUUCACCGACAAAGACUACUCCGAUAACAUCCAGCACGACCACAUUGGAGUCGAUCCCUGAACCUCAACUGGUUCAAGCCGAAGUUCAUAGAGAAAAUUCAGAUAUUAAAUUAAAUGGUGAACUCAACAUAUCCCCUUCCAAGCGAUUCAAUACUUUAGGUUCGUAUAAAAUAUUCCCGAAAAGAAGUGCUGUCAAUAUGGUUACUUCGCAACAUGGUCAGUUUGAUCGUAACUCCGCUAUGGAUUUGCAAAAGUAUAAUCAAGAAAUGGUCUUGCGGGAGGUGGCUGAAUACUUCAUGGAAACCCAGAGUGACAUUGUAAUCGGCCAACAUACCUUUGGAUUUGACUCAUGCGGCGGAAAUUGUCGGAAUUUCCUUUUCCGGUCUGCAUCGGUCGCGAAUUUGAUGAACGCUUGGGAUACCAAUUAUCAUGGAUUUUGAAGGAGUGUGAUGAGAAUUUGUGCUUAUUUGUGAACAUCUUAUUUCAAUAUCAAUUUGAACAUUUUAUAGAUGAUAUAUAAUAUUUAAAACAAUGGAUCUUUUAAGAUGUCUGUAAAAAUUAACAUACUUGCUAGCGUUUUCUUAUCCCUGUAAUACAAAUAUGUUGAAGUAUAU